AUGGUGGACAAUUCCGGUAGCAGUAAGGCGCAAAUGCCCAGCAUGUCUCAGGAGAGUGCUCUGGGAGGGGCUUUUCCCCAGGGGGGCACGGCAGGGGUGAAGCUGGAGGCAGUGAUGGAGCAGCUGCAGAGACAGCAGCAGGCCCGGCUGGAGAUGGAGCGCAAGGAGCGGCGUUUGCGGGAGGCCCACAUCAUGUACGCCCAGCAGGUAGCUGCCCAGCAGGCCAUCCUGGCCGCGGCCAGGGCCUCGGGCGCCGGCUUCAUGGACAAGGGUCUGGGCGGAGGGGCGGUGACGGCCGGGCAGUUGUCCCGCGUGUCGAACCAGAGCAGCGUCGACUCGGAAAGGGAGGACGAGGAGGACAGGGGCCGGGACUCGGGAGAGGAUGAGGAAGAGGAGGAGAUGAUGGAAGCCGACGAAGGCAGCGAGGAGGAGGAGGAGGGAGGGGCCGGCGGCCUGGAGUACCUGCGUAAACAGACCCUGGCGUUGCAGCAGGGGGCCUCGCGUCUGCCCGUUCGGCCUUUCGGGAGCUUCUCGGUCACUCCCGCUGGAGCGGGCUCCAAACGGGCUCCUUCACCUCCCGUCAGAGUGAAGCAGGAGCCGGAGGAGAGCCUCUCUCCCGCCGGGCCUCACUCCGCGAUCUCCCCUAACGGACAGGCAGACUGGAGCUACGACGAACACUUUAAACAGAAUGGGGGCGGAGCCUGGGCCGACGAGAGCGACAGCAGCAGAGGAAGAGGAGAGGCUUCCAGAGACUUCGCCAAGCUGUAUGAACUGGACAGUGACCCGAACAGGAAGGAGUUUCUGGACGACCUUUUCUCCUUCAUGCAGAAGAGAGGUACCCCAGUAAACCGGAUUCCCAUCAUGGCCAAGCAGGUGUUGGACCUGUACAUGCUGUAUAAGCUGGUGACGGAGAAAGGGGGCCUGGUGGAGGUGAUUAAUAAGAAGAUCUGGAGAGAGAUCACCAAAGGGCUGAACCUGCCCACCUCCAUCACCAGUGCAGCCUUCACACUUCGUACUCAGUAUAUGAAGUAUCUGUACCCAUACGAGUGUGAGCGGAAAGGCCUGAGCUCUCCCGGGGAGCUGCAGGCCGCCAUCGACAGUAACCGGCGUGAAGGUCGUCGGCCCAGCUACAGCGGCAGCCUCUUCCGUUUCUCUCCCUCCCCCAGCACCGCGCCACACAUCCUCUCGCCUCCCAAAAUGCACCUCUCCGCUCUGGGGGCCAGCGCUGCGGGGGCCCUCAACGGCCUCCAGACCUCGCCCGGCCCCUCCCUCAAGAAGGGACUAGGUGAUGCAGCUCUGUUAGUGGGCCGGCCGUCCAUGGCCAUGGCUCUGGGGCAGCAGCAGGUGGCAGGGCUGGCGCGUGCUGCCACGCUGGAGCAGCUGAGGGAGAAGCUGGAGACGGGCGUGGGCGAGGGGCCGGAGAGGAAGAUGGCGCGGUUGGCAGAGGAACAGCAGAGGCUCAUGCAGCAGGCCUUCCAGCACAACCUGCUCGCCAUGGCAUCACAGGUGCCCAUGAACCUUCGCCUGGGCACCGCACGAGAUGAGAGACAGGACCUGGCUCUAAGCAUCUCCUCCACUGGAGGUGCCAGCAUCAGUGUGUCUGUGGAGGUCAAUGGCACUAUAUACUCAGGAACACUGUUUGCUCAGAAAUCAGCGGCAGCCAUGGCAGCGGCGGCAGCGGCAGCAGCGGCGGCGGCCAGCAUGUCUGCAGCUACCACAGCGCCCCCUGCUGGCCCCAGCGGAGCCUUCAGCUUCCCACCCUCUGCUCCAUGCCACAGCCCCACCUCCACCUCCUCCUCCAAGGGGCCAAGCUCGGCCGAGCCAUCCACGAGUAGCUCACCUUAG